AUGGCCUUGAAGGAACUGGAAAAACCUUUUUUAUCGAGCACUUUUAGCUACAAAAGGUCAAAAGGAAUGAUAGUUUUGGAAAUUGCAACAUCUGAAGUAGCAGCAUCAAUAUUGCUAAGUGGUCGAACUACACAUUCUAGGUUCAACAUUCCUUUGGAAGCAAGUGAAACAUCGAUGUGCAACAUAUCAAAGCAAAGUGCAGAGGCAAAAUUAAUUCGGAAAGCAAAAUUGAUAAUUUGGGAUGAAGCUCCAAUGACAGAAAAGUAUAUAAUUGAAUCAGUUGAUAGAACAUUGAGAGACAUAAUGGAUUGUCCCCACCCAUUUGGAGGUAAAGUAAUUGUCUUUGGAGGUGAUUUUCGUCAAGUGCUUCCAGUGCUUCCUAAAGGAACAAGACAACAAACAGUGGCAGUAAGUUUGAGAAAAUCAUAUCUCUGGGAAAAAAUGCACAAAAUUCAGCUCAAGAAAAAUAUAAGAGCAUAUGACGAUACAAGAUUUGCAGAUUUUAUAUUGCGUGUUGGAGAUGGAAACGAGUCCAUCAUCAAAGAUGAUAUCAUUAAAUUGCUUGAGGACAUUGUAGUUGCGAAUGAUUCUGAAAAUGAUGCAAAAGGGAUAUUCAUUAGGAAAAUCUAUCUUGAUCUAGAACUACAUGUAGGAGAAUCAAACUACGUAACAAAUAGAGCUAUUUUGGCAACCACAAUACCCAUGUUGAUAGUUUAA